AUGGAGCGUGCGGAGCGGUCGGUGCGGGUCUCCCCGGGCCGGGUGCGGUUCACGGACGUGCGGGUCGGCCAGGUGUACCGCGCCGCGCUCACUGUGCAGAACGUGGGCCGCAGCAGCAAGGCCAUUCGCUUCCAGGGGCCCCGCACCCAUCAGUUCAAGUUGAUUGUGACUGAUGGAGAUAAAGCAAUUGCUUCUGGACUUCAGAUUACAGCAACUGUGGAAUAUCGGCCUGAAAAUGAGGAAGACAUUUUUGACAGAUUAUUUGUUUUGGUAGAGAAAGAAGUGAUAGAAGUCCCCCUGAUAGGAUUGAUUCCUUGCUGCCAACUGGAAAUUGAGCCAAAAGUUAAUUUUGGCACACUGAUUGCAAAUAGCAAAGUGAUUUGUAAGGAGAUUCAUAUCAUGAACCAUGGAUCCGCUCCAGGUGCAUUUCAUGUAGAAUAUAAGGGAAAUCUACCCAUCUUUAUACAGCCGACUGGAGGAAUUGUGGGUCCUAAAUUGUCAGAGUUCAUUAAAGUGGAUAUCUGUACGGACCUUCCCCGAGUGGUUAAUGAAGUAGCAAAGGUGAGAUUGCAGGGUUGUGAAGACAGCUUUUUGAGGAUCGAAGCCAAUGUAGUCGAGCAAGUGAUCGAACUGUUAAACGUAUAUGAUGAUAAAAAGUUGGAAUGUGUAUCAUUUGGGUCUGUCUUCUUUGGAACUUCGAAGACCGAACAAGCCGUUCUAUACAAUAAAAGUCCAGAACCCAUGAUGUGGGUAGCGGUACUAGAAGAUGAUGCAAUUGGGGAAGAAUUGGGGAUAGAUCUUCAGAAAAAUACAGAUGCAGCUUUACAGGAUCUAUGCUUCCUAAACAGGACAAGAGAUGUAGAUGUUACUGCUUUAAUCUCCUGUUUUCCCAAUCAAGGAACUUUGUUACCGUAUCAAAAAACCGUGGUUACACUGUGCUUUAGUCCAAAACAUUUGAGCUGUGGUGUCAGGAGGAAUGAACCUUCGAGUCGGCAGGACUAUGUUCUGUUUUUGAGGUUUGAGGCAGUAGGAAGUAAGGAUGGAUUUUUGAAAUCUUCAAAUGGUGACAAGCUUUCCAACAAUUGUCAUAAAGUGGAAUUAGCACUGAUGGGUUCUGGACUUCCUGUUUUGUUAAAUUUCAUACCAGGAAGGAUCCUUAACUUUGUGCCUUGUUAUAUGGGUGAAUGCUCAGAGAUUUUCGGAGUGCUCAAAAAUGAAUCUGAUUCGCUCCCUGUGAUAUUCAAUUUCCACAAGAUAGCACAUUUUAAAACUAAUCCUGAGAAAGGAAAGAUAGAGAUAAGAAAUACACAGGAUGUGCAGUUUUCAUUUGUACCACAUCAAGUAGGAAUCUUUAAAGUGAAGCAAGUGGUAGAUAUUAUUGGAUCAGUGGCUACAGAGGAUAAUUCACCAUGUUUGAAGAUGAAACCCUUUCAUCAGAUACAUUUGUGUUUUACUGGUGUGUGCCGGCCUGUAACCCAGAAAAUUGAGCUGAAAAUCUACCCUGGUUUAGCACCAUUGACUUUCAAUACCACUGGACAGGCUUUUUUUGAUGAAAUGGAAAAAUACAAGAACUUAGCACCAGUAGCAAUUCUUCAGGCGGCCCAAACAAAAAUCCACAGUCACCAGAGAAGAAAAGAGUCCAAAAAUGUGUUGAUAGCCUUUCCUAACGACCGAUCCGGCAGCAUCAGGAGUGGUGAACGAUAUAAAACAUUCAGGACUAUUUUCACAAAUGUUGAUAGAUAUAAUUAUGUGGAUCCCAGUUUUGCAUAUACUCACAGUGAAGAAAUCAAAAGGAAAGCAAACCAGGACAUCUAUCUCAAGUAUAUUCAGAGUUUAAGAAGUCAGCGCCAGCAGAAAGAAAAAGCCAGGGAAUUUAUUCUUUUAAACAAUGCUAUUGACAUUGGCAUAAAACCAGCAGCAGGGCUGAAGCCUCCGUGGCUUUCAGUUACAGAAUUGCAUGAAGAGGAGUUAAAGCCCAAAACUUCUCCUUUAAAGGAAGAUCGCUUGCUAAGUACUCGAAAUCUCGCAGCGAAGGAAUCAUGGUCCUUGACGAGGGAGAUCAGUGAUGGACUUAAUGCUGAGCCGUUUUCUCCAGAAGAAAAAGAAGACUGUAGUUUAAUUCUGACCCCAAAACAACUUCAUCAGAUAAUUAUCGGACCCUCCAUCAUUGACUUCGGCGAGGUGUGCGUGCUCUCCACAUCCAUUCGACAACUGCACGUGGUCAAUAAUCUGUCGUUGCACAUUUGGGUACAAUUAGAAACGGAAGUCGAAGAGCUGCAGCAGACCAGCCGAUUGUCUCAUGUGAUGCCACCUAUGUCAAGUACUUUUAUUCCAGUAGUAUUUGAGACCAACAAACUGGGAAAAUUUCGCAAGUGUUUCACUUUUACAGUGAACAAGCUACACACUGGCCACGUCUUAGUCAUUGCAGAAGCCAUGUCCGUUGCUCUGGAGUUGUCUACCACGGAACUGAUUCUAAGACCGAUUCCAGGCUCUUUAGCAAACACAGAAUUUAGAGGAACAGUCCAGUUGUACAAUCGCCGAAACUAUUCCGCUGAAUUUAGCUGGAAGCCAGUUAAUACAGGCAAGGGGAUAGCAUUUUCCAUAAGGCCAGCUAAAGGCAUUGUGGAAGCCUAUGCAGACCUGGAGUGUGAAGUGGUAUGGCACCCAGGUUUCUCAUCUCCCGAAAGAGGAGAAUUUGACCUCUACGUUCAUCAAGGGAACACCAUUAAGUUACAUUGCUUUGCAAAGCUUGGUCACACCAGUGUUCAGUUUUUGGAGCAGAGAAUCCUCUUCAAUAAUACACCUCAAGGUUUAACAACCUGCAAGAAGGCCUUUCUUUUAAAUACAGGCCAUCAUCAUGCUUACUUCAAGGUUUGUGAGGUGAAUCCUUUGCCAAUGCUUACGAUUACUCCAUCAAAUGGUGUAAUCCCAGUGGGAGGUCGAAUUGCCCUGAAAAUUUAUUGCACAUCAAAAGUUGCAAUCAAGUUUGAUACAAGAGUCAAGGUAGCAGUGCGCCAUGGCAAAAUUCUAGAAUUUCGGAUUGGUGGAGCGAUUGAGAUUCCUAAUGUCGAUAUCAAUCUGGAACUAUUUAACUUCCAGGGUGUUUAUGUUGGUUCCACCCAAGUGGUACCAUUUGUUAUUCAGAAUGAAGGUUUAACACGUGCCAGAGUGGAAUUUGACCUGUCAAAGUACAAGGAUUUUGCAUUGGAUUUUAAAGACGAAGCAGUGGUUGAUUAUAACCCUUCAUUUCCUUACCUGUAUUCUGUGGAAUUACUGGAAAAGAUGUCUUUGAAAUGUGGAUUGUCAUUUUCUCCCAAAGAGGUGGCGGCGUACGAUUUUACUCUUCCAGUAAAAGUUAAUUUGAUCGAGACUUCAAUUUGUCAACCUCAUCAUUGUCCAAGUCCACAUCCUGUGAACUCUGAGAAACAAAUUGUAGUUCCUCGGUCCCAAAAGAUGGCCGUUACACCAUUUUGUACUGUUCAAGCCACUGUAUUGCAGCCACCACUGAGACUAUCCCAUUCAGAAUUUACAUUUGAACUUCCUUUGAAAAGCAUACAAUUGGGAAGCAUGGCUGAAACCCCCAUAUUUCAGACACUUACCCUGAAGAACACCUCAAAGCAAAAAGUGACCUGGAAUUUGGACAUUGAUCACAUGGGCAAAAGAAUAAAAGAUAGCAUCUUCAGAUUUAAUGUAAAUUCUGGUGCUCUGGAACCUGGCGAAGAGCACAGUAUCAUCAUCAGCUUCUGUCCUACAAACCCUGGGACAUAUGCUGCUGAAGUUCCCAUGCAUUUGAAUGAUAAUCCGGCCAACUAUCGAGUGUUACGCUUGGCUGGAGCUGUGAAAUCACCCAGGUUAACCUUUGACCCUCCAUUUGUUAUCCUGACUCCCGUUCCUCUGGGUGUGACGACAGGCACGGAUAUCUACAUUACUCCACUGAACUAUUACAGAUGUUCAAAACUGCAAGUGCACAUCCCAGAAGUUGAUCUGGAAAAUGGUGACAAGAUAAAGCCCCUUUCUGUAAAUUUCCCAAAUGAUCAAGUGAUCAAAGCUUCACUCUUUGGAACAAGUGCAGAACUCCUCUGUCACAUCAGUUUUGAGUCAGCUCAGCCAGUGUCAUUUCUAGUGACUGUAGAUUUCAUCGAUGAAGACAACAACAGGUUUUCACUUCAGGUUGCCGCAGCAGCGGAGAAUUGCAUUCUUACUGUUUAUCCGUACAUGGCACUUCACUGUUUAGAUCAUAAAGUUAUCCUGAGAAGCGAUCAGAAUGGAACAUCUUUCAAUCUAGAAGAGGCUGCUUUGCAUCAGUUUUACACUCCAAGUACUGUCUCCACUAGUACUGCUUCUAGUUCUCAAUAUGAUCUUACAAGCUCUGUCUACGAAGAGUCCAUUGCAGGUGCUGAGAGUACAACAUGCACAUACGUUCAGAUGAGCGACAGAGUUGUGGAAAGCAGAAGGCUCAGUAAGGAAGAUGGUCGAGAUCCAGGAAUGGAUAGAACAGAGAAACAAAGACAGUUUUAUUUUCCUCACGAGGACACAGAGGAAUAUAUUUACUUUCAAAAAGUUGUCAAUGCAGUGCAAACCUGGUUUAGCCUUUUUGGCUGGCCUAAGGGACCUAACCCUAUUUCUAUUCCACAGUCUCUGAGAAGCGAUGUGUAUAAACUCCAGUUCGCUUCAUCAGACAAAAAGGGUCACAAGCAGGACAACUUCGCCAAAUACAAUAAAACUAUUUAUGACAUGCUGCUCUAUUUGAGUGGUCAGAUGCUUCCUGGAAUUUCAGCAAGUCAGUCGAUACCCUAUGAUGAUUCCGAACGAGUGAGACAACUCCAUUCGCAGCACCGGACCCUCCUCACCUUUCUCAAAGUCCAAGGAGCAUUUCUCCCUUACGUUCUACCUGAAUUUCUGCUUGAACCACAGGAUUACAAGAAGUGGGCUGGACUGAGAGGCAACAGAACUACAGGAUCGGAGAAAAGUGCUCAUAUAACUGAGCAGAAAUAUUAUUUUGUGGUAGAUGACAGGGAAUUUGAGACCCUGAGCAGACAUGUUUGGACAGAUGUGUUACUUCAGACAUAUAAGGUGCUAAUACUUUGCCGUGUAUCCCCAUCCAAUUGCAGUAAUAAGUCUAGUGCAGAUGAUGUAACAAGCAUGCUGGGGAUUAAUCCAGAUACAUUAUCUAGUAACAUAUAUUCUCCACCUGAAAAGUUCCUACUUACUUGGAUGAAUACACAAUAUGAGAAUACCAGAAAAAUUAUAUGGAAAGACUGCCAAAAAGGUGACGUGCCCCCAAAGAGAUGGAUAAUCAAUUUUGAUAAAGAUCUUUCGGAUGGUCUAGUUCUGGCUGCACAGAUGGCAGCAUAUUGCCCGUUCUUGAUCCCUACGCAUUUUGUGAAGAUGUAUACAAAUCCAAGCAAUCCUGAACAGUGUCUGCACAAUUGCUUGAUUGUUAUUCAAGCUUUUCAUGCCAUCAGCCUUCAUAUGGAUGUACAGGCAACUGACAUCUGUGAUCCAAAUCCUAUCAUGAUGCUUAUGCUCUGCGUUUAUAUGUAUGAACGACUGCCUCAUUAUUUGCCCAAGAAGACCGUUGAGUUCUCUGGCCCACUCCAUGCCAGCAUUUUUAGGCAGGUACGAUUGAAAAACCCAAGCACAAAAAGUUUGGUAUAUAAUGCUGCAAUUGUAGGAAUCGAUUCUGCGGAUUUCUCAUUGCCUAAAGGGAAUACAGUCAUGAUAGCCCCAAAAAGCCAGGUAAUUAUCAAUCUGAAAUUCACCAGUCGCUUCAUACGACCAACAGAAGGUACUCUACUAUUGGUUCCUAAAACAAGUAGUGGAAUGGUGGGAACUACAGUAACUUUUUCCCUGAAGACUGAAGUCCUCAGUAUUGAACCUCUUGAGAUAGUGAAGUGCAAAUCUCCAUGUUAUGAACUGAAAGAAAUUAAUGUGGACGUUAAAAAUCCUUUCAAAACUGGUGGAGAAUUCCGAGUCCUUUUGGUGGAAUCUUCAACCUUUUUAUCUAAGCCGUCCCAUUUAACUGAAGUCAGUCAAUUGACUCAAGACCCUCAAAUCAGUUAUGAAACCAUUAUAAAUACUAGUAGACAUGAAUAUGGGUCUCAUACCCAAGAAACCUUCCCCCAAACAUCAAAUCAAUCUGGUUUUCUAAAAGAGUUCUUCUGCCCAGUGAAAUCACUAUUCCUGGAAGCCGAAAGUUCUUCAGUGCUAGAUAUUUACUUUCUUCCUUUUGAUCUACAAAAGCGCUAUUGUGGCAUCAUUCUGAGCAACAACGAGAUUGGAGAAUUUUUAUGCAUGGUUGAUGGAACGAGCACCAUUCCCCUGUCUUCACACUUACUUACCAUGGACAGCCCAAAUGUCCUGCAAAUCAUCAAUAGUGCUGCAGAGAGCAACAAAAGAGCCCAAGUUCUAUAUUUGAAGUGUGGGCUCCACGAAACUCUGGAAGAAAACCUCAAGAUCCCACUGGUUAACGAAGCCAGGGAAAGGGCUCUGGCCAUUGCAGCACAGCAGCAAAUGUCUGCUCUUGAAUAUGAACGGAGAAAGGUCACAGGGACCCUAGAGAGCAGCAGUGUCCGAGUUGCCAUCGCAGUAUUAGGGCUGACCAGAGUUGAGGCACAGACACUUCAUAUGCCCUCAAAAUAUCCAAAGAAAGUUAGACCUGUUUCUUACACUGUUGAAGUGAGCAUGCCAGAACAUUUUCAAGUCCCUAGCAAACUUUCCAUUCCUCAAUUUCCUAAAAGCAGACCUAAUUCCAAAGCUACUCAACAGGAACGAUAUCAAGUCAUUAAAAGCUCAGAAUCAGGUGGUGCAAUUGUACUUCCUAUCAAGUUCGUUCCAUUACAUGCUGGCCGCUAUCCCUGCCAGAUUUUACUGCAAUCGACCCACGAUAUCCGAGUCUAUGCCAUAGAGUGUAUAGUGAACACAGAUACUGCAGAUACUGACCUGGAGUUUGUAACGUCGGCAUGUGAGGCACUGAUUCAGGAUAUUCCAGUAAACAAUAGAACAAAUCAAGACUGGAAAUGUCAAGCUAUUUUAGAAGGAAAAUGGUUUUAUGGACCACCAAUGAUAUAUGUCGGACCAGGUGAAACCACACAGUACCCUCUGAUGUUCAAACCUAUUUUUGAAUGUGAGACAGAGGGCAAGCUGACCCUCCAAAAUGAAACAGAUGGGACGGAACACAUCUUUGGCCUGAAGGGGACUGGGAAGAAACCUCUGGCCUUAGACCAUGUUGUGAUCGACUGUCAAGUGAGACAGAUGACCCACAAAGUCCUCAUGGUGCCCAAUUAUACCAAGAGCAAGCUGACAUACCAGGUCACUACAGAUCUUCCAAUGGUGGGGGGCUCUCCAACAAUUAUUUUAGAGCCUGGAGAAAUUAUUCCUUACACUCUGCAUAUAUAUCCAUGGAAGAGAGGAGUAACUAAAGGUGCCAUUUCAUUUGUUGUUGAAGACAGAAAACAACAGCAGUCACCAUAUAACAGCUCACCGGAGGAGACAGAUGGUGAACAGGAGCUUCAGAAUUUGUCAGCAGAGACGUUACAAACUGUUGAUUCAGCAAACAAUGAAAAGGAAGCGAAUGUUUCACAUUUCCAAGUCUGGUUUUCACUGGAGAUUAACAGUGCAGCUUCACCACCAGAAAAAACACUUGAAGUAAAAUGUGCCGCUCUGGAUACCAUCGGCAUUGAAAUUCCCAUCACUAAUCCAACAGAUGAAGUUCUUCAUUUUCAUGUGCUAUUAAUGGACAUUGCCCUCAAUGGAGCCACCAAAUUAAUUAUAAAGCCAAAAGAAACAGUUGCCUAUGUAGCAGAAUAUUCCCCAGCUAUGGCAGGCUGUUCAGAUGGAAGUAUCAUUUUCCAGUCUGAUGUAGUUGGAGAAUUCUGGUAUGCACUGAAACUGACCGCAAAGAAGCCAACCCCAAUGAAAAUGCAAGAGUUACAAUGUGAUCUUGGAAAGUGGGUUGUUCAGAUGAUUCCCUUGGUUAAUCGUACACAUGAAACCCUAGAAUUGGAAUUUGUCAAUAGUAAUCCUGGGAACUUUUUAGUAGAAAUCGAUCAGAAGCUGAUUGUGCCUCCUCGUUCUACAACAGAAGUCCCUGUUCGUUUUUGCCCUUCAGCUCUGGGCAGAGCUAAUCACCAAACUUCAGUCAUCUUCAAAUGUCCGCAAUUUAAAGAAUGGAUAUUUUACCUGUCUGGAGUCGGCCUAAUUCCCCAGCCCAUGGAACCAGCAAGCAUAAGCUCAUGCAUUGGUCGACAUUCUUCUGUCAUCAUUUCGUUCAGAAAUCCCACCCUAGAAAAUGUUCUCGUCGACGUGCUGUUGACAGACCAAGAACAGAUUAUGCAUCAUCUCAAUGCUGCCGCCCUGCGUCGCUCUAUCUCCAAGGAAUCUGUCUUCUGUCUUCCUCUCAAGCAGAUGCAAGGAAUCCCAUUAUCUCCUAGAGGGAAGUUGGAUAUCCCAGUCCUCUUUAAACCUGACAUUAUGAAAUUAUACGAAGCGCUAGUGGUCGUCCAUAUGGUGAAGGCCAAUGGUGAAAACUGGCCUUAUAGCAAUCUUGCUGAAUUGAACACAGAAAUGAAGAGCAUCACGAGAGCCAGGAAUGGAGAAAUCCGUGGAAUACGUUGGAUCUACCCUAUUCAUGGAAUCCCUGAAGCUCCGCCCUCAAAAUCAUCCCCAACCAUCAUAUCUUGCAAGGCCAGAAGGCGUGUGGAGGAAAGAAUGGAGGUGCUGCUUACGGGUGUCGUUCCAGGAGGGAGAGCUAAGCAAGAGCCAAGAGAUUUUGUUGUGCACCCCAAAACUCUCUCACCCAAACUUGACAUCCAAACCCGACUGCAGAUUGCUGAGGGUUAUACACCAGUUGAUGAAUUUCUGUAUGAAAUUAAAUUUGAAUCUGAAAUCACUAAAUCAAGCUUGGAAUCUUGUGUAGCUUUAUAUUUGAUCAAAAAAGAUCGCAAUGUGAAUUCUGGAAUUAUCACCCUGAUCUUCAAUAUUGUGUUUGCCCCUCAAAAGCCAAUGAGAAUUCCAGCAGUUUUGGAGGUGCAAUGUCGUACGGGAGGUGUCUGGAAUUUCCCACUAACUUUAGUUGCUACUGCGCCUGAAGUAGAUGACAUCAUCAAUAUAGAAGCCGUUGGUUUGUUCAAGGAAGCCAUGGUUGGCUUUAGGCUGACAAGCCAGACACGGUGUCCAGAGCCGUUCAGUGCCUUCUUUCUACCUGGCAGCGACCCAGAGUUUUCAGUUGUGCCCCGAGAUGGAGAGCUUCUUCCUCUGGACACAGCUGGCACAUUGAUCAGAGUUGGGUUCAGCCCCAGAAUGUACGGCAAGAAGCACAAGGCAACAUUAGUCAUCCACACGGCAACGACCCAAUGGAUGUAUGAAAUCAAUGGACUGCCUCCACACAGCGAGCCUCCUGGCAAUGUAAAAGCUAGGGUCGUCUCCACCAACAGCAGCGGCAGACCCUCAGCUGGACGCCAACGCAACUUUCUCCGUGAAAACGUCAAUUUGAUAACCACCGGCGUAUCCUCACCCAUCAAAGGUGCCCCUUUGGUCCUGAGAACCAAAUAAGGAUCAGUUCCAACACGUCUCCUCUGUUCCUUUUCACUAAAAAAAAUGGAUAUUCAUGAA